CGGCGGUAGCGGCGGCGGCGGCGGCGGCCCGAGAGGUUCAUAAUCAAGGUGCUAAGAAAGAAUGUAAGACAGGACAAUAACUAAAUAUUUUUACUGUGUCUCUUCAACAGGCCACGUGAAGAGGUGUCUCGUAUUCCCUGUUGCCAGUGGCUGGAACACAAUGGAUCACGUGGGGGCCUUAGACACCGAGGAUGAGUUGGGACCUCUAGCCCAUCUUGCUCCAAGUCCUCAAAGUGAGGCCGUGGCUCACGAAUUCCAGGAACUCUCCUUGCAGUCCAGUCAGCACUUACCCCCUCUGAACGAAAGGAAGAACGUGCUCCAACUAAGGCUGCAACAAAGGAGGACAAGAGAACAACUAGUGGACCAGGGCAUCAUGCCACCUUUGAAGAGCCCAGCAGCAUUCCAUGAACAGAUAAAAAGCUUGGAACGAGCCAGAACUGAAAACUUUUUGAAACACAAGAUACGGAGUCGACCAGAUCGUUCUGAACUUGUCAGGAUGCACAUUUUAGAAGAAACAUUUGCUGAGCCAUCCCUGCAAGCUACUCAGAUGAAGUUGAAAAGAGCUCGACUAGCUGAUGAUCUGAAUGAAAAGAUUGCACAAAGGCCGGGACCCAUGGAGCUGGUGGAGAAGAACAUUCUUGCUGUGGACUCUGGUGUCAAGGAGGCAAUGAUAGGUGUUGGGAAGGACGACUAUCCCCACACUCAGGGUGAUUUCUCAUUUGAUGAAGACAGCAGUGACGCUUUAUCUCCAGACCAGCCAGCAAGCCAGGAAUCACAGGGGUCAGCCGCAUCCCCGAGUGAGCCAAAAGUUAGUGAAUCCCCAUCUCCUGUGACUACAAACACUCCAGCCCAGUUUACUUCAGUGUCCCCAGCAGUUCCUGAAUUCUUGAAAACUCCUCCAGCUGUGGACCAGCCUCCCACAAGGUCCACUGCUCCUGUCCUCCCCACGAACACUGUGUCCUCAGCGAAACCUGGCCCAGCACUGGUGAAGCAAAGCCAUCCCAAGAAUCCAAAUGACAAACACCGUAGCAAAAAGUGCAAAGAUCCUAAACCACGGGUAAAGAAGUUAAAGUACCACCAAUACAUUCCACCCGAUCAGAAAGGUGAGAAGAAUGAGCCACAGAUGGACUCCAACUACGCCCGCCUGCUCCAGCAGCAGCAGCUGUUCCUGCAGCUGCAGAUCCUGAGCCAGCAGCAGCAGCACUACAGCUACCAGACCAUCCUGCCUGCACCAAUCAACCCUUUAAAUGACAAAAAUAACAGUGGGAAUUCAGCUUUGACCAAUAGCAUGCCCGGCACACCAAGACAGAAUCCAUGUGCUCCUGCGAGAAAGCCAGGACCUCUGCCCCCCAGCUUGGAUGACUUGAAGGUAUCGGAACUGAAGACAGAACUAAAGUUGAGGGGUCUGCCAGUGUCGGGCACCAAACCGGACCUCAUUGAGCGCCUGAAACCCUACCAGGAGGUCAACAGCAGUGGCCUUGCCUCUGGCAGUAUCGUGGCAGUGUCAUCAUCGGCCAUCGUCACCAAUAACCCAGAAGUCACUGUGGCAUUGCCAGUCACAACCCCACAAAACGCUGUGACUACAGUCUCUACUUUGAAGGCAGAAGUGCCGACUACUGCACCCACCAACACAGCCCAUGCUGAAAACAUUCAUUCCCCUCUGCCAAUCUCCCCCUCGCCCUCCGAUCAGUCCAAUUUGAGUACUGACGACACAAACAUGGCAGACACUUUCACCGAGAUCAUGACCAUGAUGUCUCCCUCACAGUUCUUAUGCUCCUCUCCCUUGAGAGUGGCAAACCACGAAGACAGCCUGAGCCCCACCAGCAGCACCCUGUCAAACCUGGAACUGGACGCUGCCGAGAAGGAUCGCAAGCUUCAGGAGAAGGAGAAGCAAAUCGAAGAGCUGAAAAGGAAACUGGAACAAGAGCAGAAGCUUGUGGAGGUUCUGAAAAUGCAACUUGAGGUGGAAAAACGAGGGCAGCAGCGGCCACCAGAACCCCAGACUGGCACCCCUGCUCCCUCUGUCACAGCGGAUCAGAAACAUGGCGGCCCUGGUUCUUCCAUCAAGGACGAGGCCUCACUCCCUGACUGCUCCAGCCCCCAGCAGCAUAUGCCUGUGGCCAGCCACUCUGUAGGCCAGCCCAUCUCUACAGGUGGCCAAACCCUUGUUGCUAAAAAGGCUGUAGUCAUCAAGCAAGAGGUCCCCGUGGCACAGGCAGAACAGCAGAGUGUGGUCUCACAGUUUUAUGUGAGUUCCCAGGGACAGCCUUCUGCCAUUGUCGCCCAGCCCCAGGCUUUACUGACCACGCAGACUGCUCAGCUGCUGCUCCCGGUGUCUAUCCAGGGUUCGAAUGUCACCUCAGUGCAGCUGCCAGUAGGCAGCCUCAAACUCCAGACUCCACCACAAACAGGAAUCCAGACUCAGCCUCAGACAGCAACUGCUGCACAAAUACCAGCUGCAGCCCUGCCCUCAGGCCUGGCCCCAACUGUACCUCAGAAACAGGAGGCUUUCCCGCAGCACGUGCUCAGCCAGCCCCAACAAGUCAGAAAGGUUUUCACAAACUCGGCACCAAAUACAGUUCUUCCAUAUCAGAGGCAACCGGCUCCAGCAGUCCAGCAGCCCUUUAUCAGUAAGGCCUCCAACUCUGUUCUUCAGGCCAGAAGCCCUCCACUUUCAUCCCUGCAAAACGGACCCAACACUCCCAGCAAGCCUAGCUCGCCCCCUCCACCCCAACAGUUUGUCAUCCAGCACUCUCUGUUUGGGACCCCAGUCACCAAGGCAAAAGACCCACCCCGCUACGAAGAGGCCAUCAAGCAGACACGCAGUGCACAGUCCCUUCCAGAGAUUUCCAACGCACACAGUCAGCAGAUGGACGACCUAUUUGAUAUCCUCAUAAAGAGUGGAGAGAUUUCCCUCCCUAUAAAAGAAGAGCCUUCCCCAAUUUCCAAAAUGAGGCCAGUGACAGCCAGCAUCACUACCAUGCCAGUCAACACAGUGGUGUCCCGGCCACCACCCCAAGUCCAAAUGGCACCACCUGUGUCCUUAGAACCUAUGAGUAGUUUAUCCGCCAGCUUAGAGAACCAACUAGAAGCCUUCUUGGACGGAACUUUACCUUCAGGCAGUGAAAUGGCUCCACUACAAAGCAGCAGUGAAGACAGGGAACCCUUCUCCCUGAUCGAGGAUCUCCAGAACGAGCUGCUGAGUCACUCUGGCAUGCUGGGCCACGCACACUCACCCAUGGAGACCUCCGAGGCCCAGUGUGCUGCAGGGGCUCCCUGUCUGUCUCUCGACCUCUCAGACUCCCACCUGGACAGCAUGGAGUGGCUGGACAUCACCAUGCCCAACACAUCCUCGGGGCUCACUCCCCUCAGCACCACUGCACCAAGCGUGUUCUCUGCGGACUUUCUAGACCCACAGGACCUCCCGCUACCAUGGGACUAACAUCAUAGGCUGCUUGUCUCAGAAUUCAUGAGGUUUCAGAAUAUGAAGAAGAUUCUAAGAGGUAACCAGACCCAUCUCAAUGAACCAAGAAAAGGCUAGCAUGAAAUGUCUUUCUGAGCUGGUGAAUUAGAAGAAUGGAAGGUAAGGGGGAAGUCUUCUGUGAACCAGGACCAGGACAUUCCCACCUCAAGUCCAAGUUAGACUGUCAUGAGCUCGGCCACCAGACCCCAGCUCUGGCUGUCUUUGUCACCAGUCCCUGGUUAUCAUCUUACAGGCUUGUAACUGGAUGUCCUACCCAAGCUCUCACUAUAUUAUCAAGCCUAAAUAUCAAAAAACU